AUGGCUGCCAGCCCGACGGAAGCGUCAACGCCAACGCGACCGGCAGAAUGGACAGUCAUUGGCAAGGUCGGCCCCUCCGAUCUGGAAUUCGAAGCAAAGAACCUCAAGGUGGGCAGUCUGUAUGCCUUCCGUGUAUCUGCGGAAAAUGCCAUUGGACGCAGUGAACCGGUGGAAAUAGAGAACCCAAUUGAGCUGCAAGAAAAGUCUCGUAAGUUUGAUUCCGCCCAGCGUCUUUUCCUUCCUGAACUGAUCUUCCUUUUACAUGGACAUCCUUGA